AGUACUCUGCGUGCUCCAGUGGGGCUACUGUGUGUGUUCCAGUGGGAGUAGUUUACAUGCUCCAGCGGGAGUACUGUGUGUGUUCCAGUGGGAGAGUAUACAGUACUCCAGUGGGAAUACAGUGAGCAUUACUAGAAGUGCAGUGAGACCCAAUAGGAGUACAGCGACCAUCAGUACAUCUUCCGUGUCAGCGAAAUCAAUACCCAUGACCCCGUAACCUGUCACAUAAUUACGUAACUAAAAAUGACGACAUUCUCUUAAUUAGGAGACAUAAUACGCAUUGGAAUAUAUAUCAAAAUGAUGCCUAAAACACGCGUCGAGAGUGAGAAUCAAUGUGGAACAAGGAGAAAGAAACCUCUACUUCGUUUGGAAGAUGUAAACAAGAAGACCUUCUUAGCCUUCAAAAUCUUGGGUUUGUUCCUCAUAAGAUGGGACGAGGGCGAGAAGUGUUACAGGGUGCGGAGAAUCCGGUUCUUUCUCUUCUACACAUUUUGGUUCGUGUGGCCCAUGCUGGGCCUCUUCGUCGCCUUCUUGGGGAAGCUAAUUUUUCAUACUGCCACUGGUCCCGACGACGUAAACAACGUUAUCGAAUCGUCCUUGUUUAUCCUGGGCUUCGCGGUCAUCCCUGCAAUCAAGACCUACUCGCUCAAACUGGUCACCAAGUGUCUUCCGGACAUCCUGGAGGAGAUAGUAAGUCUUCAAGAACUCGAUGUCGGGUUUGAGACUCCUCUCAGUGUACGCAUACCAAGUCGCCCUCAGAAAGCAGUCAUUUCUAACUCAGCGUCUCACAUGGCUUACAAGAAGAAGUCAUCGAGUCCUGAGGCGCUCUUCAGAACGCUCCCUAUCGUUACGCUAAUCCUCUCCAUCGUCGCCUUCAUUGUUGCCUGGACCUACGGCUUGACUGAAGUGGUUGAGUGGCAGGCAGUGAAGCAAGAGUGGCCAUUCUUUAUCAUGCAGUUUAGCUAUCUAACUCUGCCCUGUAUAUCAACAUGGUUUUCAGUCAUUUUUAUUGAAUGGCUUCGAAUGGUUUACAAGAACAUGAGCUUAGAACUACAGAGUCAACUGUGCAACGUGACGAAUGAAACUAUUAUAUACGAAGACCAUGUCAAAGUGAUUGGUGAUUAUGUUGACAGGCUACAAGAUAUAUUUACAAGUUUAAGCAAUGGUUUUCUAACAUACGUCGUGGGAAUUAAUUUUUUCAUAAUCAUAGUGAGUGCCAUCUUCUGUACAGCCAAACUCCUGCACGGGUUCCAUGAAAUCAUGUAUGUGAUUCCGUUAUCAAUCUCCGUGUUCCACAUGGGACUAAUUUGCAAGAAAUCCCAAGAGCUAAUGGAUGAACACGAGAUGUUGACCCUGGCAGUGAAACAGUAUCUGAGACACAGUCGCAAGAGGCCGGCAGCGCUGCCAUACUCAGAACUCCACGUGUUGAGGGAGAACCUGCUGGAGGCCCCGCCGCAGGUAGUGUGCUUUGGCGGAUACAGAGUCGGCAGCGGCCUGAUGUUGGCCAUCCACGGCUUCAUCAUCUCCUACGCUAUGCUCCUCAAUGACGUCCUGCAGACCCAGGAAGAAAAUUCCAGCUCUGGAUGCAACCUGACUUCAGAGGGUCAAUUAUGAUUCUUUUCCAAUUCCUCUAAAAAUAUUAAAAUAGUGUAAUAAACAGUUUGUCAACAUAGAUUGCCUCAGUACCAUCGAUAUAAGUGUUUAGAAACGAAAAUCACUUAUAUGGACCAGUGGUGCGGCUCAGAGAGAAUAAAAUUGUAACUACCGGGUAUUUACUUUAUAAUAGUGUAUGAAUUGUAACUAUACUUUGUAUACAGAAGAAGUAAUUAUUCACAAAACUACUACAAAAAUCCAGUGAAGUUGGACUUUGUAAAUAAAUGUACAAAUACUAAUAGAUGUAUUUAUAUGUUGUGUAGAAUUAUAAACUUGUAAAAUUUAAGUGAGGGUCCUUAGCGUCCUUUAUUGACCGGUCAACCUGUCCUCCUACAACCUGUCUUUCUACAAAGUACGUCGCUUUUUGCUCGUAUGCGUUACAUAAGGCUAAAAAUAGUCAUACUUGAAAAUGGAAGCGUCUGGCAAGAGUGACAUACUGUUCCGUUUUCUGUUUUGGGUCCUCUGGUAGGUUAGGAGAUGAUACUUUAAAUUGACCGUUUUUUUGACGUUGGGAAACCUUAGGAGGCCGAACUGCACCAUCAGCGCCGCCGGAUGUUGUACGCUUCCAAGUGUACAUCAGUGCUCGGUGUACAUGUAUUAAAGUGUACUUGUCAUGCUUUACAGAGAAGUAAAGUGGAAAUGAGUAGAGGUCAUAAUAUGUUAAAUCUAAAAAAAUAAGUACAGUAAAAUACUAUACUUAUUUGUUUAAUUAGAGAAGAAACGAAUUUAUCUUAGAGGCAAAAAUAUUAUGAAAAUUAAAAGCAGAAUUAAUAAAAGUAAAGAAAAUAAAUUUUGUAGGAAUAUUAAUUAAUGAUAAGAGUAAUAGAAAAUACAAAUAAUGGACAAUAAAAUGAUAAAUAACACCUUAGAAUUGCAAAACAUAUAGACAUAUUACGCUGAGUUUUCUAGGUGAGAUUAGUACAUCCCCAUCCACCUGAAGUGUGACGAAUAGUGUGAGAGAAGGAUCCCUCAUCACAAGCUUAUGUCCACUCUUUUUAUAAGUGCUUACUGGUUGCUUGUAUGGUGCGACCUCUUUAGGAAUGGACGGAGAUGUUUGGUGUCUAAGGUUUCUCUGUGGUCUGCGGAAUUCAGUGAAUUCAGUAGGUAUAGUGGUACUCCACGGUGCAAACCGUUAGGCUAAAGUCCCAAAUUCCUUACCCCACCCUGCCUACCACAGUGGCGACAUCGCUCCAGAGUGAGGGGAGAGUAU